AUGGACGUGUGGGGCCCAGCCCGCGUCCGUGGUCAGGGUCAGGAGAGGUACUUCCUGAUAGUUGUUGACGACUACUCGCGCUACACCACGGUCUUCCCCUUGCGCACCAAGGGUGAAGUCCCUGCUGUUUUGAUCCCUUGGAUCCGCAGAGCUCGUCUCCAGCUCAGCGAGCGUUUCCACUCGGACUUUCCUGUCCUGCGUCUGCACUUUGACAGAGGUGGUGAGUUCUCCUCCGACCUCUUGGCAGCCUACUGUGCUGAGCACGGCAUUGAGCAGUCGUUCACGCUUCCGGCCUCUCCACAGCAGAAUGGGGUUGCGGAGCGCCGCAUUGGCCUAGUCAUGGAGGUCGCCCGUACCUCCUUGAUCCAUGCGGCUGCCCCCCACUUUCUGUGGCCGUUUGCGGUCCAGUACGCUGCGCAUCAGCUCAACCUCUGGCCCCGUGUCUCCAUGCCGGAGACCUCGCCCACACUGCUGUGGACGGGGGAGGUUGGCGAUGCGUCGCGUUUCCGGGUCUGGGGAUCUCGAGCCUUUGUCCGCGACGCUUCCGCGGACAAGCUCUCCACCCGCGCUGUUCCCUGUGUCUUCCUUGGCUUUGUCCCUGACGCGUCUGGUUGGCAGUUUUACCACGCCACCUCGCGCCGGGUCCUUGCCUCUCAGGACGUCACUUUUGACGAGUCUGUCCCCUACUACCGCCUCUUCCCCUACCGCACUGCCCCACUCCCCCCCCCGCCUCUCUUCCUCGCACCAGGUGCUGCUGUGGUAGACCCCCUCCCCCCUCAGGGUGCCGCUCCCUCAGGUGUGUCCCAGGUAGACCCGGUUGACCCUGUUGAGGUAGCUGUUGACUCUCGUCCUGCUGGGGGUGCGGAGCCUGGGGGUGCUGAGCCUGGGGGUGCGGAGCCUGCGGUUGCGGAGCCUGGGGGUGCGGAGUCUGGGGGUACUGAGCCUGGACGUACUGAGUCUGGGGGUGCUGUGCUUGGGGGUGCUGAGCUGCAGAGUUCUGGGUCUGGGAGUGCUGAGUCUGGGGGUGCUGAGCCUGGGAGUCCUGCGCCUGGGGGAGCUCUCUCCUCGGAGCGGCUGCGUGAGUGGUACUCAGAGUACUGCAGCCUCCGGAGAGGUGCCUCUGAGACUAGGAGUGCUGCCGCGUCUGGUGCUGGUGCCUCCCCUCCUCAGCGGGAGCUGCCCUCUCUUGAGCGGAUCCGCGAGUGGUACGAGCGGCGCUGCACUCUCCGGAGUGGAGCGCCUGGUGUCGCGGACCCUGGUGCUGGAGGUGCUGCUACUGCUGCUGGAGGCCCUGCUGGUAUUGCGGACCCUGGGGUUGGAGCUGCUGCUGGUACUGCGGACCCUGGAGCUGGAGCUGCUGCUGGUGCUGCGGACCCUGGAGCUGGAGCUGCUGCUGGUGCUGCGGACCCUGGAGCUGGAGCUGCUGCUGGUGCUGCGGACCCGGGAGCUGGAGCUGCUGCUGGUGCUGCGGACCCUGGAGCUGGAGCUGCUGCUGGUACUGCGGACCCUGGAGCUGGAGCUGCUGCUGGUGCUGCGGACCCUGGAGCUGGAGCUGCUGCUGGUGCUGCGGACCCUGGAGCUGGAGCUGCUGCUGGUGCUGCGGACCCUGGAGCUGGAGCUGCUGCUGGUGCUGCGGACCCUGGAGCUGGAGCUGCUGCUGGUGCUGCGGACCCUGGAGCUGGAGCUGCUGCUGGUGCUGCGGACCCUGGAGCUGGAGCUGCUGCUGGUGCUGCGGACCCUGGCGCUGGAGCUGCUGCUGGUGCUGCGGACCCUGGAGCUGGUGCUGCUGGAGCUGCCGCGGGUGCUGGUGCCGUCUCUCCUGGUUCUGGAGUCACUGAGCGGCCCCGACCGUACUUCGUUCCGCUUCUCCAGCAGGUUCUUGGUCAGCCUCCUCCUCCUUGUCCUGCUCCCUCCUUAGCGUGUCCUCCGUCCGUCACGUCGCAGUCGCAGUUACCGCCUCCCUCGCCGCUCCCCGGUCCUUCUCCUUACUCUGGUCCCACGGGAGGUCUUACGGAGCGUCGUGAGCCUGAGUCUCGUCCUGUGUCGCCUGCGUCUCGCUCUACGUCGCCUGUCCGUGCUGCUCGCACUGGUCGUCGUGUCCCGCGUGAGCGCCCUCCCGCUGUCCCUGGUACUCACUACAUGACUCUGCGUCCCUCCACUGCUCCUCAGCGUGUCCUUCUGCCGUCUCCUCCUGCGUCCUCUCUUCCUGAGCUUCCUGACCCGGAGUCUGACUCCCUUCGUGCUGCCCGUCCUACUAUCACGCGUCUCCUUGCUACUGUUGUCACUGACCCUACCUUUGAGUCCUCUGCUGCGUCUGCUCUCGUUGCUGAGUUAGUUGACUUUGCUGCCGCUUGUCGUCUCGACUACGCCGCUAGCCUAGUUGCUGAGUCUGAGUCUGUCUGUCCUCCGUCCGUCGGGGGUGAGUGUGCUCUUGGCACGGACGUCCUUGAGGACAGGCAGGAGGAGUUCCAGUGCUUUGCUGCUGCUUUACCUCAUCUCGUGUCCAUGCUAGUUGCCCCUGAGGGAGACCCGGAUGCACCAGACAUCCCGACCCCGCGCUCUUACGCAGAGGCGAUAGCGGGUCCCUACUCCUCUCAGUGGCAGACAGCCAUGGACGCAGAGAUGGCUUCCUGGAAGUCCACAGGCACCUACGUCGACGCUGUUCCCCCACCAGGGGCGAACAUCGUCAGUGGCAUGUGGAUUUUCAGGGUGAAGCGGCCGCCGGGUUCUCCGCCUGUCUUCAAGGCGCGUUACGUUGCUCGAGGCUUCAGCCAGCGUGAGGGAGUCGACUUCUUCCAGACCUUCUCCCCCACCCCGAAGAUGACCACUCUUCGGGUGCUGCUGCACAUAGCCGCUCAGCGUGACUACGAGCUUCACUCUCUUGACUUCAGCACUGCUUUCUUGCAGGGUAGUCUGCACGAGGAGAUCUGGCUGCGCCGCCCUCCUGGCUUCACUGGGUCGUUUCCUCCUGGUACCCAGUGGAGCCUCCGCCGGCCGGUCUACGGUCUCCGCCAGGCACCACGUGAGUGGCACGACACACUGAGGACGACACUUGCGGCACUUGGGUUCGCGCCUUCUACUGCUGACCCGUCGCUGUUUCUGCGCACAGACACUUCGUUGCCGCCGUUCUACAUCCUCGUGUACGUCGACGACUUGGUCUUUGCCACUGCUGACACUCAGGCUCUCGCCCACGUGAAGUCGGAGCUGCAGAAGAGACACACGUGCACAGACCUGGAGCCGAGUGGCCCGUAUCCAGAGCUUGUGGGCUGCCUCAUGUACCUGAUGACCUGCACUCGUCCUGACCUUGCAUACCCUCUUAGCAUCCUUGCACGCUAUGUCGCUCCUGGCCGUCACCGGAAGGAGCACAUGGAUGCCGCUAAGAGGGUGUUGCGCUACUUGUGCAGUACGUCGGGCAUGGGGCUAGUGCUUAAAGGGCGAGACCGAGUUGUUCUCACUGGGCACUCAGACGCUUCUUGGGCGGACGACCAGGCCACUCAGCGGUCGUCUCAGGGUUACACCUUCAGCCUUGGCUCCGGUUCAGUUUCUUGGCGUUCUACACGUUCUUCUUCAGUUCUCAGCUCCAGUUGUGAGGCUGAGAUCUACGCCACAGCCAUGGCGGCCCAGGAGCUACGCUGGCUCACCUACCUGCUGACCGACUUGGGAGAGCGGCCUCGUUCUCCUCCAGUGCUGUACGUCGACAACAAGGCUGCCAUUGCCUUGUGUGAGGAGCACAGACUGGAGCACAGAACGAAGCACAUCGCUCUGCGGUACUUUCUGGCUCGUGAGCUGCAGCAGCGUGGUCAGCUUUGUCUGCGUUACGUGGCCACUCAGGCCAACACUGCUGACGUGUUCACCAAGGCGCUUCAGCCUUGUGACCAUCAGCGCUUCUGUACUCUUCUAGGCCUUGUGCCUACUGGACCUCACUUGCUUACUUCUUGA